AGUUUGUUCCAUAUUUGGAACUGGCAUAAUGAAGAGCAACUUCCUCAACACUAUCUUUUCUGACUCUUGAAUAAAGUUACGUGAAAUGCUGGCAAUCCAAAGAGAAACAGGUGCUGGGCAUUCCAAAUAUUGCUCUAUUUAAAGCCGCCUGAAAGCUCAGAGUUACAACAACAGCCUCAGAGGAUUGUAUCAAGUCUGUUUAGACUCACAAGAGAACAAUGGCCAGAACAGAGGCAGAGCCAUUGCCGUAUUCCAAGUAUGUUGUACCCGUUCUUCUCAUGAUUGGCUGGAUUGCAGGUUGUGCGUUAAUGGUUUAUUAUGUCUUCUCUUAAAAAAAGGAAAGAAGACUUUGCAAACCAGCCUGAAGGCUAAUGAAGACGGUCUGUUUCUUAGUUUAAGAAAAUACUGUUUUGAUAAUCUUAACAAUGAAAACAUAAUACAAUUUAUACAUUUUGUCUUCCAGAUCUUUAAUAGAAAACAAAUAAACAAAUCAGUUUUGUA